UGAGGGGGAGGAGCUUUCCUGCCUUUGCUUCACUGCGGCGCGCUUCUUCUUAUGAAUGAAAGCGACUUGCCCGCUCGUCUGGAGCGGAGGAAGGAGCCUCGGACAGGUUGGAGAUGGCUGGACCCAGAUUUAUUUCCAACAGAACAUCCCACCACUCUUUACUAUCGAAUUCUGAUUAUACUUGGGAAUAUGAAUAUUAUGAAUACGGGCCAGUUUCCUUUGAAGGCCUCAAGGCUCAUAAGUAUUCGAUUGUGAUUGGGUUUUGGGUUGGCCUUGUUGUCUUCGUCAUUUUUAUGUUCUUUGUACUGACCUUGUUGACCAAGGCGGGAGCACCACACCAAGACACUGCGGACUCUUCUGAGAAAAGGCUCUGCAUGAACAACUUUGUGGCAGACUUUGGAAGGCCUCUCGAUUCUGAUAGGAUCAUUUCUCAGCAGCCUGCUGAGGAAUCCAGGCUGCUUUUUCACUGCUACAUCAAUGAAUACGAGAACAUGGACAGGGCAAAGCAAUGCCAGAGAGUGCCAGUUAUGGACAGUAACAUCCAUUUUCAGGAAGUAAUUCAAAGCAGCGAGAGAUUGGCGGAGGGGCUGAAUAGCCAUGCAAAAUUCAACAUCCCUAACUUUGUGAACACUGACCCGAAUUCUUCCCUGGGUGAAGACGACCUGCUGAUUUCAGAGCCGCCUAUCAUUUUAGAGAGCACACUGAGUCCAGCCUCCCACCAGAUUAUUGACUGAAGAAUAUUGAGCAAGGUAUUUCUUAAAUUAAAACAGAACACAUUUCUCCUUUACUUUCUAUCCUAUCUUUCAUUGGCGAGUACAGGACUACAGUUGAAUACACUCUGGUGACCAGCAUGGGAUAGUUUUAUGUGGUCUUUUUAAGUGUUUGAUGCAGCCAGAGCUUCUUACACUGCUUAUUUUAUUUUAUUUCUAGAAGUACAGCACAGCUGUUUAAUAAGGAAGUUAUCCAUGCUGGAAUAUGAUAGGAUGUGAGAGUUGUUGGAUUGUGUACAUGUGUGUGCUGGAGUGUGUUGGAAAGUCACAAUACUCUUAAGCCUUGCAUUUAAGCAAGCUAAGAACACAACCCUCCAAAAACUCAAUUCAGAGGAAGUCAAUUGUACCUAAGCCCUGUUGAGAUCAAAGGACUUAAGCACUAGUAGCGAACUCUGCACUGAGGUCAAUGGCUUUACAGUGAGACAUAGUUCUACAUCAUUUAGAAGUAGUUGGACAUUCUGUGGCGAAAGCCUUAUGCCAUAUCCUGUGUUGCAGGAAUGAGUGGGCAUACAUCUAUGCUGUAUGUGUGCUUUAUAAUCCUCGUAAUGUGCAAGAACUAUUCUUGUGUGUUCAAUCGUAUGUAUACCACAUAUACUUACUGGGACCAAUUGUCUAGCAUGCUUCUUGCAUGUGUACAAAAAGCCCUGUAGGUAUACAUCAUGCUCAGACAAGUACCUGCUAUUCCCUCAUGUUCCCAUAGUUGUGUUUUUCCUAUAGAAAAAGUAAAUGUAGAUAUUCUUAAUUGGUUUCAGUGUGAAUAGCAUGUUUUGUUUUGCUUUUCUUCAUGCUUGAUCCAGGAGUGUAACUUCUUGAUAUACAUUAUUUCUCCAGUACUAUUGCUUGAAAUAAACUGGGUUGUUGAUUUUUAUACUAAAAAAUAAAGCCUGCCACCUUCUGUGAACUGCCAUACCUUUAUUGUGCCAUGCAAUAUCUAGUCUUAAGUGAGCUUCUAAAUUGCAUUGCACAUAGCACUAUGGAAACAAACUUACAAACAGAGCCAUGGAUUGAAGCCAGGGUCAGUUUUCUGCUACGGCAGUGCUUCCCCUUUUGCCUGUAGGCAGAUAGAUGGGCCACUGAUGGGAUCCUUGUUGACAUCAACCAGCAGAAAGCCCCCAAAUGCCCCCAUUGGACCAAACUGAUAUGCCUGCCCCACCUUCUGCCACUGCAGGGCUGCAGAUGUGGCAGUGGCCCCACCUCUC